AUGUCCAAGCCGGUGGAUCAUGUCAAGAGGCCCAUGAACGCCUUCAUGGUGUGGUCCCGGGCGCAGCGCCGGAAGAUGGCCCAGGAGAACCCCAAGAUGCACAACUCGGAGAUCAGCAAGCGCCUGGGGGCCGAGUGGAAGCUGCUCACCGAGGCGGAGAAGCGGCCCUUCAUCGACGAGGCCAAGCGGCUGCGGGCCAUGCACAUGAAGGAGCAUCCCGACUACAAGUACCGGCCCCGCCGGAAGCCCAAGACCCUGCUCAAGAAGGACAAGUUCGCCUUCCCGGUGCCCUACGGCCUGGCGGAUCCCGACCACCCGCACGGGCUGAAGGCGGCCGGGCUGCACGGCGGGGCAGGCGGGGGCCUGGUACACGACUCCCUGCUGGCCAACCCGGAGAAAGCGGCCGCCGCCGCCGCAGCAGCAGCCGCCCGGGUCUUCUUCCCCCAGUCGGCGGCCGCCGCCGCCGCAGCAGCUGCCGCCGCGGCCGCCAGCAGCCCCUACUCGCUGCUGGACCUGGGCUCCAAAAUGGCAGAGCUCUCGUCGUCCUCCUCCGCCUCGGCGCUGCCCUACGCCUCCUCCCUGGCCUACCCAGGAGCCGCGGGAGCCGGCGCCUUCCACGGGGCCGCCGCCGCCGCCGCAGCUGCCGCUGCCGCCGCCGGGGGGCACACUCACUCGCACCCGUCCCCGGGCAACCCGGGCUACAUGAUCCCCUGCAACUGCAGCGCCUGGCCCAGCCCGGGCCUCCAGCCGCCCCUCGCCUACAUCCUGCUGCCCGGCAUGGGCAAGCCCCAGCUGGACCCGUACCCGGCAGCCUACGCGGCGGCGCUAUGA